GUGGCAUGACUUGUGACUUCGCUGUAGUUUCGGGACAUCACUUCCGCGUGACUGCCGCUCCACUUCCUGUGUUCUCGACGCAGCUGUGCGGUCAUGGCGGCGUUUCGCUGCUUCGGAGUGUGUCUCGUGCUUCUGACUGGAGUGUCCGCAGGUGGCGCUGUUGGAGCGGCAGAAUAUAGUGGUUUCCCCGGUAACGGCAGUAAUCAAAGCAGCGCUGUGCUUACAGAUCUGAGGUGUCCUGAGAACGUCAGCACCGUGGACUCGCUCAACACCCGUUAUGUGCUGCGGUGGGACUGGCCUCAUGAGACCGCCGUCCACCAGAACGUCACCUUCACUGCGCAGUAUAUAGCGGAGCGUCUCUACCGGAAGCCCCGUCAUGAGAAGUACUGGACGACGGUGUGUGUCGAUGUUUUGGAGCAUCGCUGUGAUUUCACUGGAGCUGAACUGCAGUACUUGGCCUUAUAUCUUCUGCGCGUGUGCACCAACACGCCACAGCAGUCCUCCAAAUGGAUCCAGAUCAGAUUCUGUCCUGAUAAACACGCUGCUUUAGGUCCUCCGUCCAGUGUGAGGCUGAGGUCAGUUAAAGAACAUCUAGAGAUCAACAUCAUUGACCCUCUGACCAGCACUAACCAGUCCAUGAAAACACUGCUGGACAACAAUCUGAGCUACCUCAUCCAGUACUGGAGGCGCUCUGAAGAGCCGCAGAAGGCUAAGGUCCUGCGGACGAAGAACAAUGUGGUGAUGCUGAGUGAUCUGGACAGACAGACGUGGUACUGUGUGAGAGUCCAGAGCCACUACGACUUCUACGACAAGACCAGUGUCUUCAGCGACACACACUGCACACGCACCGGAGGUCAGAUGCCACACUGGCAGAUAUUCCUCUACUUCCUGAUCUCUCUGCUGCUGUGCUUCCUGCUGGUGCUGCUGCUGUCCUUCUGCUUUUACAAGAUGUUCACGCUCUUAAAGAGCACCUUCUGCCCAGCCAUUCACCUCCCGGAUCACAUUCAGGAGCUGUGGUCAUCUGACUCCAGAAAGCAGCAGCUGCUGGCUCCUGAGUCUCCAGAGUCUGUGUGUGAGCCGCUGGUCAUGGCCAGUGUUGAGCUGGACGCUGCGGUGGUCAACACUGAGGAUCAGGACACCAGCAGUCACAGCUGGCACGGCAGCGGAGACUCGGGCGUUUACUCCACAGAGGAGGACUCCAGUCACAGAUCUGACCUACAGAUGACCGGCAGAAAGCACAGAGAAGAGCAGCAUGAUGGGACGCAGCUGGAGCUCUGAGCUCGAAACGGUCAACAGAUGUCAGCUUUCUGCAGCUCUGCCUUUCUGUUCAAACAUCUGUCAGCUUAUUGUACAUGUUGAGACAGCAGCACCUUAAUGGCAUUUGAGCCAUAUUUUUCUUUUCUGUAUUUUAUCAUGCAGAUUUCUGAUGAUUCUUAUAGAAUCUUAAUUCAUAAUUGUCACUUUAUAUCUUUGUUAGCUUUAACAACAGCAGCAUUUAAUAAGAGAAUGAACUGUCAUGUGUUGAUUGUUUUCUCACUCAUCUCCGCUCAGCGUCAGAUUAAAGUAACCUCUAUCAUA